UAUUAGCGCAAGAUGAUGAUGUUAUUGUCGGUAUUGAACUUUCAAAAUUAUAUAUAUGGGAUUUUAAAACAGGACAAUACAAGAUGAUUCUAAACAAAAAUGGACAAGUUACAAAAAAUUAUAGGGGUGGGAUAUAUGUACAUUAUGGUGAUACUUAUGAAAAUAUGCAUAAACUAUCUGUGAAAAACCCAAAAAGAAGAGGAAAAGGACAUUGUUGUUACAGAGAACAUGAUGAAAUAAAAGAAAAUAAAUUUUCAGAUUUGGAGUUAUAUCAAAUGAUGUUGUUUGGUGUAAUGUCUUCUAUAGCAGAUAAAUUUCCUGAUUUAUCAAAAAAUAAAAUUCCAAAAAUACCUGUUGAUGAGGAAUUUGAAGAUGCUCCAAAAACACCUAUUAAAGAAGAACCAGAUGUUGAAAAAAUGGAAGUUGAAUUUCCAAAAUUAAAUGUUGUUGAAGAGAUAAUAAGAAUAUUAAAGAGUAUGGAAGAUGAAAUGAAUAUUAAUAACCUUGAAGAUAGAAAUAAUUGGAAUCAAGUAAUACAAUAUUUUGAUUGGAGUAUAUUACCAAAUAAUUAUCAACAGAUGACACAAUUAUAUCGUAUAACAUUGUAUUAUAAAAAAAUGUUAGAAAGAGUUUCCACGAAUCUACAAAUAACUUACGAAUAUACUCAAACUAUAUUAAUAACCAAUAACAUUAAAUCAAAUACAGAAGAAGAUAUAAUA